UCUGUUCAUUUGAAUACUCAUUAUGAUAAUGGCAUACGUAUUCGUAAAAGUUUAGUGAUCAAACGAAUUGCUGCUUGGAUUGGAGAAAGUUUAUUUAGUUAGUGCUACCUGUAAGGGAUGAAAUAAUGGAGUUACUGUUUAUUUUGUAUCUCUUAGCAUCGGUUGCAUACCGGACUUCAGCGACAAACACAUGUGAGACAGAAGAUAUACAGAAUAACUGCGUAUACUCUGUCGUCUGCGUUAACUAUGCGGGAAGUACUAAUAUCCUGUCAUGUGACUUCGAGCCAUAUGUCACUUUCAUAAUCAAAGAUUCUUACGUCAACAAUCUAAUGGCAGGAUUUUUCGGUUCGACCAACUUUGAUUCCCGAGUAAGGUCCAUAAAAGCGAUUGGCAAUACUUGGACAUCUAUAGAAGAAGCUGCAUUCAGAUACUUUUCAAAAACAAAAUACAUGGAUAUUUCCAACAAUGGAAUAAUACAUGUUAAAAACUAUGCUCUGAAAAAUUUACUGGCAAUGGAGCACCUUAAUUUGUCACACAAUGCGAUUGAAGAACUGUUUCCUAGUUCAUUGACAGUUUACGAAGGAAGAGAUAGCACAAUCAGAGUCCUUGAUCUUAGUUAUAAUAGAAUUAAGGAUAUAUCGAUUGAAGUAUUCCAAUAUAUGUCAAAUAUGGAAAUGAUCCAUUUGGAUCAUAACAGAAUUGAAACUCUAAGUGACAGCGUAUUUAAUGACCUCAAAAACUUAUCAUGCCUCCAACUUCAGAAUAAUAAAUUAACAUCUCUAAAUAUGUCACUUGUUAAUUUGAAAUCGCUGAAAGAUUUAGAUUUGUCGUAUAAUCUUAUUGAGAAAGUUUCAGGAUAUGAGAUAAAUAGAUUGGUUGCACUUGAAAAGUUAAACAUGUCAAACAAUGUCAUAAAAACCAUUGAAUCAAACUGCUUCAACCAAGCAUUUAAUCUACAAGUAGUUGACUUUAGUCAAAAUAGAAUUAUAUCCAUUUUGGAGAAUGUUAUGUUCAUCAACAACGGUAACCUUCGGUAUUUAAACUUUAAGAAUAACCAACUUACCAAAAUUGAAGAUAAAUUCUUUAAGCAUAGCGUAUUACAAUACCUCAACUUGGAAAAUAAUAAAAUUAGCGGAAAUAUAUCAGAAUUCUCAUUUAUUGGACUGAAAAAUAUCGUGAAAUUAAAUUUAUAUAAUCAAAGUGUUUCUGGUCUUGACAAAAAUGCAUUUUGUGACAUGGCUUCCUUAAAAACACUCAACUUAAGCACAAACAUGAUAAAAUAUAUAGAUAAUUCAAGUUUCGCAAAUAUAACUGAGCUGAGUAUAUUAGAUCUUUCCCACAAUUUUAUAUCCCAAGUAAAUUUUUUGAAUAACUCACUACAUAAUUUAACAGAAUUACUUUUAAACGACAAUAAGCUUACGGUGAUUGAACAAGGGUCUUUCAGAAAUUUAAUGAUCAUAAAAAAGUUGGAUAUAUCAAUGAACCGUAUAUUAACGAUUGAGCCAUUUUCAUUACCACUACAAAGUCUACAAUAUUUGAAUGUUACGGGCAAUAAUUUAGUAGGAAUCAUAAAAGAGAAUAUGUUUAGCCCUGCUAAAUUCUUGCGAUAUCUGGAUAUAAGUAACUUCAAUUUUACCAAAGUAGAAAAAUAUGCAUUUAAAGAUAUGAAUGUAGUAAACAGGAUAAACAUAUCAAAUAACGCAUUACAAUUUAUAGAUCCAGAUAAUUUUAAUGGGACCAAUAAUAUGUAUAGUUUAGAUGUUUCUCACAACAAUUUAUCGUAUUUUGAGAUAAAAACAGAUUAUAUUAGUAGUUUAAAAGCUCUCUAUCUUAACAACAACAGAUUAAAGGAAAUACCUACUGCAACGAUGCCUGAGAUAUCUUUCUUAGAUUUAUCUCAUAAUUUAAUUUCUAAUAUAACUAAGGAAAUAUUAAAAUCAUUUCGUUCUCUAAAAGUAUUUAAACUUUCGUAUAAUAAUAUAACGAUGUUCAAUAAUUUGUACAGUAAUUCAUUGAAAGAGUUAAGUGAUUUAAGUUUAGCUUCUAAUACAAUUUCCUCUUUAAAUUUAAGUUACUUCAGAGAAUUAGUUAGUCUGGAUUUAAGUAAUAACUCAAUUAGUAAUGUAAAUAGUUCGUUUUUACAAAACUUGGCUAAGUUGCAGUCUCUAGAUUUGAGUCAUAAUCAAGUUUCUUAUAUAUCUCCAGGCACAUUUCAAAACAAUAAAAUAUUAAGGUUACUUAACAUAUCAUCUAACAAAUUAGGCAAUUUACGUUAUGGUAGCCUUAAAGGGUUGAAUCAAGCUGAGAUACUUGAUAUUUCCAGAAACAAUAUUGAUGCAUUAGAUGCAGAUUUACUUCACGAAUGUGCUGAGUUGAGAAAGCUGAUUAUAGAUUAUAAUAAUAUUAGGGAGCUCAAUGUCGAUAGAUUGAUUGAUAUUGCACCAAAACUUCAAUGUUUAAGCUUAGGAGGUAAUCCAAUUCAGUGUAAAGAAAUUCUUCGUAAUAUGAACAAUAUUAACAAGACGUCAACUAGAAUGAUCGAGGUAACAUCGAUACAUAAAAUUUAUCACGAAGAUAAUGUUUUUGGAAUAAGAUGUGGAAACACAGAAUACACCACAACUACAGAAAUUCCAAAUGCUAAACCAACGUCAUCUGCAUCGAAUUCCUCUUCAAUAUCACUAAUUAUUUGGUGUUCUUUUCUCACAGUAUUUAUAUUUGUUGGCGCUGGCUACAUAAUUUAUAAACGCAGAAACAAUGCUUUGCGUUUCGAAUCAGGCUUACAAAUAAGACAAUCUUUUGCAAGCAGUAUUUCAGAAGGCCAUCGAGAUUUGUUAGGGUAAGAGAGAAUGUUUUCAUCAAGAGGUUAAUGAGGUAUUUAAGAGUAUUUAUCGGCUUAAAUUGUAUAUUAAAAGACAUAUUCAAGAGAAUUGUUUUUGUAAAUAAAUUUUAAGUAUUUAACAUAUUUUUCACUGAUUGUCUUCCUGUAUUCAUAUAUGUACAUGCCUACAUUUUUGUCUUGUAAUUUCCUUUGGGAAAAGAUUAUUUACAUCGAUUACAGCAACCAUUGCAGCAACCUCGUUUAGAAUUCUGAUGUUUUUUAAUAAAAUAGAUGACAACGAGUAUAGUGGUGACUAAAUGGCCAUCGUCACUAAUUCUGUCUUCUAACACAACAAGAAUCCCAAGCGCAUCCGGCUACGCCAGUCUUUUAGUUGAGUAAACACUUACUUUAAAGCAGUAAUAUACUCUUACAUCACUAAAAAAUUUGUGCAGUGGCGGAAAUAUCAAAUAAAAUGAGGCUAUCUGUAAAACGUGCUAAUUUUAUCAUGAAUUGAGUAAAUUUGUAAAUAUAAUAAUUAUGUUGUAUAUGUAUUUUAUUGUAUAAUGGUUGAAAUGUGAUGAUCAUUUUUGAAGAUGUCCGAAUAUAUAUGCAUUUUUAUGAGCAAAUAUAUCUCUUUGAAUAAUUUUGAAAAUUGUGAUUUUAUAAGAGACUACAGAGUUCAAAAAGAAUUUAGUGCCGUGAUUAUGAGGCAUUUAGGAUAAAGACUCUGGAAAUAUUAAAUAUUAUCUAUAAAUAUGUUUUCUAUAAUAAUGAUAAUAUAGCAUAGCUUGUUUUCUUUUUAGCUUGUAUGUUUUUAUUUCAAUUAUAUUCUAAAAAGCAAGAAAGACUAGGUAGAAUAAAUAAUCUUAAAUUGACUGUACUGCUGUCAUAUACAACUAAUAUUUGUUUUUUAUUUGUAUUAUUUUUUUAUGGAUAAACUUGUGUUUGUAAUGAAUAAACUCAAAAAAUGUUAAUUAUCAAAAACAA